AUGGCGAGGCGUCGCAAAACGCAACAUGCCGCGCAGACUCCGCCAGCUGGGUCAAGUGACCACAGCUGCGAAGGCAUGCGGCUGGAGCUUGCUCUUGUGAUGGAGCAACAGGCGGCAAUGGUCACGCGGCUCGAGGAGCUAAAGCGAGAAAGGCUCGAUCUGCCACGACUAACAGGUGACACGUUCGGGCCGGCCGACACGACGAGAUAA